CAAAUUGGAAAUAGACCCCUCCCUUUUGAAAGUCUUGGUCACUGAGGAAAGCCAGAAGAAGGGAAGUCUGUUUGCGUCUCGUCACCUUCUGAGACACAAGGUUUUUGCGGUGGAGGAGACACAACGAUGACUGAUUUUAACGUGUCUUCUCUCUCAAAGUUUGAGAUGGACGACUUCAGCUCCAUUUACGAAGAACUCAACUUCACCUACAACUACACAGAGUUCAUCUUGGACCCGGACACUCAGCCCUGCGACACUUUCACCUUUCCCGACGCCGUGAUGAUCACUGUGUGCGUUUUCUACGUUCUCAUCUUUCUGCUGGCGAUUCCCGGAAACAUGGUGGUGGGGGUGGUCAUCAGCAUGAACAGGCGGACGAUGACUCCCUCUGAUUUCUACCUCUUAAACCUGGCAGUCGCCGACAUCCUGUUGGCCCUCACGCUGCCAUUCUGGGCCGCCUCCGUCACCGUGGGCUGGGUGUUUGGUGACGCCCUGUGCAAAAUCGUCACCGUCCUGCAGGAGCUGAGCUUUUACUCCAGCAUCCUCUUCCUGACGUGCAUCUGCGUGGACCGGUACAUGGUCAUCGUGCGAGCACUUGAGGCCCGCAGGGCCAACCGUCUGAUGGCCAGCUGGGGUGUUUGCGCCGCCGUCUGGGCCCUCGGGGCUCUUCUGUCUCUGCCGGGGCUGUUCAGCUCGUCGUUCUCCUCUAAGAACUUCACUCUGUACGUCUGUGCCGAGCAGUACGAUCCCAGGAGUGCAGACGAAUGGCGGCUGAGCACCAGAAUCCUCCGCCACACUUUGGGUUUCCUCCUCCCGCUGGCCAUCAUGGUGCCCUGUUACGGAAUAACCAUCCAGCGCCUCCUCCACAUCCGCGGGGGGUUCCAGCGUCAGCGGGCAAUGAGAGUGAUCGUGUUCGUGGUCGGCGCCUUCCUGCUCUGCUGGAUGCCGUACCACGUCACGGUGAUGACAGACACAUUUUUCAGGGCAAAGAUCGUUCCCUACAAGUGCCCGGAGAGGAUGGCGGUGGACCAGGCCAUGUUUGGCACGCAGAGCCUGGGGCUGCUUCACAGCUGCAUAAACCCGGUGUUGUAUGCGUUUGUGGGCAAGAAAUUCAGACGGCGGCUGGGGCAGGUGGUGAGGAAGAUGGGCCUGAAGGAGAGAGGAUCAGCCAGCAGAAGCAGCAGGUCUUCUCUGUCAUCAGAAAUCACAUCUCCCCCUGUUUUCGUCCGUAAAAUGAGGAACUCUGCGGUGGGGACAGGGUGUGACAUCCGUCUGAAGGUGACUGUGGCUGGAGACCCUCAGCCGUCCCUGUACUGGUACCACAACGAUGCUCUUCUCAACAUGGAGAACCAGGAGUAUGGAGGGCUCUGGAUUAGGGAUUGCAAACCCAGUGAUGCGGGUCUCUACACCUGCAUCGCCAACAAUCACCUGGGAGAGGCUCGGACUAGUGCUGUGUUGGCUGUUCUGGACCUUGGUGAAGAUUCUGAAUCCACAGAUGAUGAAGGCGGAGACCAGCUGGACACCAAAGGAGACAGUGGGGAUGUUGAAGGCCAGACUGCCCCUACAAUGAUGGAAAGAUGUGCAGAGGACACUGACAAACCACAUGGAAAUGAGUAUUACUCCACCAGGAACCAAUCUGAGGUUUCAGGAAUAUCUACCCCCCAAGUCCUUCCCCCACCGUCCCCAAGACUGGGCAAGCGCAUUACAACCUCUCCGAUGCCAAGUCGCUCCGGUUCAACAACUCCUGUCAGUUCGCGCAAGAAAAUCAUCCUGUCAACUGAAUACCAAGAUACAGUGCCAGGGGAGUUUGAAGAAAAAGUUAAGCAGCCUAAAGCUGUUCCUCAAUCCAACGCCCCCGACACCCGACCACAAACUCCGCAAAGUGAAUACUCCCGGAAAGACUUUCCUCUCAGACCUUCUCCAAAGCUCUCAAGAGCAAGCUCCAAGGUUUUUGAGAAGGUCCGUGGCUUAGAGGAGAGAAGGCGAAGUCUUGAUCUUCCAGAAGGUUCUGUUUCUGGAAGGUCCUGGGCAGGGUUCAAUCUUGCUGGGUCAGUUGAUUCAGAUGAUGGUGGAAGCCGAUUGGGCAUUUCCCGGGAGAGUUCCAGGGAAGAUCUUAGGGAGGCUCUGAAAGAAGAUGCUGCUGAGCGGAGAUCAAUGUUUCGGCAGAGAGCAGCCUCACUGGAGGACAAACCUCGCUACACCCAAAAAGUACAGGACAUUGAAAACAAGUUCACAGAAGAGCUCCAGCGAAUCAAAAAGCUUGUUGGAAAACCCCAUCUGAAAAAAUCUUUCUCUACUGAACAACUCACCCUAAAGAGCAAGCAGCGACAACCUUUAAGGAAAAUUGAGCCCAUUCCUCCACAAGUGCUGCAUAAGCUUCAAGAGAGGGAACGUAUGCAGUGGGCAAAGGAGAAGAAAGAAAAGGUGAUAGCCGAGCAACCGAUGCAACAAACACCACAACAAACGUAUCAAUCCCAGUUCCAAAAUACCACAAAUAAUGGUUCGAUAUUGAGUAGGCAUCCAGAUUCAGCAAGACUCCCAGAGUCAAUGCAGUUGUCUGAUUUACCGGGACAACGGUUAGUGAGAGAAUUACACCGAGUCAGCCCAGUCACAGAAAUCAGUCAGCGAUCGCCUUCGCCAGCACUUCACCAGCAACAAAGGGAGGGGUCACCCAUUAGAAAUAUUACGGAGAUGACACUGCGCAAGGUCGAACGAAGGCCACCAAGUCCGCUUGUUCAAAGGGUAACACGAAUGCAAGAUCCACAUCUUAUUCAAGAACCGGUGGUCCAAUCCGCACAAAAGACUGACACUUCAGGGAGAAAGACACCAGUAGAGGUGGCAUUAAGAAAAAUUGAAAACAGACCAGAGAGUCCUCUGGUCCAAAAAAGGACUUUCACUUUGCAGGAUCCUCUUCCUCAGCAACCUCCAAAAGCCCAGAGGGCAUCAUUGGUUACCCCAACAGAUGACAAAAUGGAACUUGAGCGAAUCAAACCUGAUUCUAAAGUAAAGGUCCCAACGAUUGUUGUUGAAGAGGAAAAAAUGGAAGUGGAUGUCCCCGUGAAGACAACUGAGCCCGAGCAGAAAACCACAGUCAAAGAGGGACAACAUCUAAAGACAAAAGGAAAGACCCGACGGACCCGACCCAUGUCCCCAGAGCUAGAUUCCUCAGAUGACUCCUAUGUGUCGGCCGAAGAAGACCCAAUGGAGGCGCCUGUGUUUGAGUUUCCUCUGCAGGACACUAUAGCAGCUGCUGGUGUAGAUGUCUUACUAAAAACUAUCAUCGCUGGAACCCCCAUACCAACUGUUACAUGGACUAAGGACAACGUUGAUGUCUCAGGCUUCGCAAAUUUUUUAGUAAAGGUGGAGGGCGAACGACACAGCCUACUCAUCAAAUCUGCAAAAACAAGUGACGGUGGAAAAUACUGUGUAACUGCAGUCAAUCAGGUGGGCAAAGCAUCCUGCUUUGGGACAGUGGUAAUUGAAGCAGGGUCUGUGCCGGAGCCAAAGGGAACCCUGGGCGUACCAAGAGAUAUUAGCAGCCCUAUUACAUCAGAUGAAGAGUAUCUCAGUCCCUUAGAGGAGGCUAUGGAUUUUGGAGUCCAAGAGCCAAGGCGAACCAUUGACUCACGGUUCAGACAACCCCCUGCAUUCAUGGUGACAAUGGCUGAUCAAUCCGUCACUGAGGGGCAGGAAGUGACCAUGUCGGUUCGCAUAUGUGGACAGCCAAAACCCAUGCUUUAUUGGCUGAGAGACAGAGUGACUGUGAAAACUGGCCCACGCCACACAGUGCGUGAAACAACAGAUGGCACCUUUGAAAUGGCAAUAAAGUCGGCAGCCAGGUCAGACGCCGGAAUUUACACCUGCAGGAUUAUUAACGAGUAUGGGACAAAGCAGUGCGAAGCCAGACUGGAGGUCAAAGCCCCACCCAUUGAGCCAAGUCUAGCCAUCAUCCGGCCAGUGAGGGACAUCACUGCCAAAGCUGGAGAGACCGUUUUGUUUGAGUGUCAUGUUGUUGGACCAAAAGACACUGAUGUGGAUUGGCUGGCAGAUGGAAAACUGAUCCAGCCAGCACUGCUGAACUGCAAGAUGCACUUUGAUGGACGGAAGUGCAGGCUGUUGCUCAAUUCUGUCCACGAGGAUGACAGCGGCACAUACAUGUGCAAACUCAGCACAGCCAAGGAGGAACUGACAUCAUGUGGGAAACUCAAAGUCGUCCCCUCCUUAGAGCCUCUGUUUACUCGUAGGUUAGAUAUUUUGGAGGUGAUGGAAGGGCGGAAUGCUCGAUUCGACUGCAAGAUCAGUGGGACGCCACCUCCAAAAGUCACAUGGAGCCAUUUUGACCAGUCACUCGUAGAAAGUGAAGAUAUUCAUAUUCUUCAAGAGGGUGGACGCCAUUCUCUGGUCAUUUCCCAUGUGACCAGCCAGGAUGAAGGGUUAUACACUAUCAUAGCUCAAAACUGCCAUGGCGAGGCAGAAAGUUCCUCUGAGUUGUACAUACAGGAACCACGGCCUGCCAUCUCUUCUCAGCUGGCUAAACUUGAAAAGAUGCCGUCUAUCCCAGAGGAGCCAGAGGUCCCUGAGAAUGAGGUGGAGCGUUUCACCAUGCCUGACUUCAUCAAACCUCUCUAUGAUCUGGAUGUGAUUGAAGGAAAAGAGGCUGUGCUAAAAUGCAAAGUGGCUGGUUUGCCAUAUCCAACUAUCUCCUGGUUCCACAAUGGGAGGAGGAUUGAAAGCACAGACGACAGAAAGAUGACACAGUUUCAUGACGUCCACAGUCUGGUCAUCCGUUCCGUUUGUCACGCUCACGGCGGUGUCUAUAAGAGUGUGAUCUCUAAUAAAAUAGGAAAAGCCACCUGCUACGCUCAUCUCUAUGUUACAGACAUCCUUCCUGAUCCUCCUGAUGGCACUCCGGUGAUAGAGUCCAUCACUGGUAAAACCAUCACGCUAAGUUGGAAGAAACCAAGAAGAUUAGAUCCUUCCAUUGAUCCUAGUUCCCUGAUGUACGCCAUCCAACAACAAGCCCUAGGCUCCAUCCAGUGGACAAUCAUAGCCUCUGGCUUGAAGGAAACCACCUUCACCAUCACAACUCUCUCCAAGGGUGUGCGCUACACGUUCAGGGUCCUGACUAUCACCUCAAAGGCAUUCAGCAAACCCUCACCGGCCACUGACCCAGUCCAGCUCUUAGAUCGAGGUCCAUACCUUCAGGAGGCUCCGGCGAUUAUUGACAAACCAGAUGUAGUGUAUGUGAUCGAACACCAGUCGGUUACCAUCUCCAUAAAUAUCAAUCAUGUCAACGCCGCUGUUACUUGGAAGAGGAAAGGAGUGACCCUGGCCAACAAGCCCAGCCUCUAUGAGAUGACAAUGCCGGAUGAUGACCAGCACAUGCUUAAGCUGCUGAAAGUGAAGAGUACUGACGUGGGCGAGAUGACAUUUGUGGCCUCCAACGAGUAUGGAAGUGACAGCUGCACUUUCAUUGUGGAGAUGGCAGCUCCACCGACAUUUGAAACCAUCAUGGAGGACUUGGAUGUUUGCGCAGGGGAGACUCCUCGCUUUGCUGUGGUUGUGGAGGGAAAACCCAUUCCUGACAUCCUCUGGUUCAAGGGUGAUAACUUGCUCUCAGAGAGCAGUCACUACACAUUUGUGUACGAUGAUAACGAAUGUUCCCUGGUGGUUCUAAACGCACAUCCCGAGGACUCUGGAGUCUACACGUGCACUGCUCGAAACUUGGCAGGAUCAGUGUCAUGUAAAGCAGAACUCACUGUUCAUGAAGCUAAACACAAAGAGGACUCAAUGGAGGAUGAAGAAAGUAUUCUAAGAAAGAUGCGAAGACUGACCGACUACUAUGACAUCCACAAGGAAAUCGGAAGGGGAGCAUUUUCUUACGUGAAGCGUGUGACCCAUAAGGGGAGCAAGAUGGAGUAUGUUGCAAAGUUUAUCUCCACCCGGGCCAAGAAGAAGACAUCUUCUUUGAGAGAGAUGAACCUACUCUCCAGACUGGAUCAUGAGAGAAUCAUUUACUUUCAUGAUGCCUUUGAGAAGAAGAACGCGGUCAUCAUCAUUACAGAAAAAUGUCAUGAGGAGCUGCUUGAUAGAUUUACCAGGAAAUCUGCCAUUUUGGAGUCUGAUGUACGAUCAUGCAUCAGACAGCUGCUUGAAGGCUUGGGUUACCUUCAUCAUCAGAACAUCAUACACCUGGACAUAAAGCCUGAAAACGUCCUGAUGGCGGACCCUCAUAGUGACCAGAUUAGAAUUUGUGAUUUUGGCAAUGCAGUGGAGAUUAAACCUGACGAGGUCCAGUAUUGCAAAUACGGCACACCAGAAUUUGUCGCACCAGAAAUCGUCAAUCAGUCCCCCAUUUCAAAGGCAACAGACAUAUGGCCUGUAGGAGUUAUAGCCUACCUGUGUCUGACAGGAAUAUCCCCCUUUGCUGGAGAGAACGAUCGUAGUUCAGUACUGAAUAUUAGGAACUACAACGUGGCGUUUGAGGAGUCCAUGUUUGCUGAUCUUUGCCGAGAAUCUAAAGGAUUCAUCAUAAAGCUGCUGGUAGCAGACAGACUGAGACCUGAUUCUCAAGCAUGUCUCAGACACCCCUGGUUUAAGAUGCUCAGCAAAGGGAAGGCCAUUAGUACAGAGGCUUUAAAAAAGUUUGUGUCUCGGAGAAAAUGGCAGCGAUCAAUAAUCAGCUAUAAAUCCAAAAUGGUCAUGAGAUCCAUCCCAGAACUGUUGAAUGACUCCUCCAGCCAUGUCUCCAUUGCAGUUCCAAGACACCUUAGAGAGAGUUCAGCUUUGCCGUCAUCCUCAUCCGACUCAGAUGAAGACAUUGAUGAACUGCCUUUCAUCCCUAUGCCAGUUAACAUGGAGUUCUCCAGAUCGUGGAUGUCUUUGAAUGACAUUCAAAGCAAUGAGGGAGAAGCAGGGAAGCCAGAUGGAACAAGUAAACGGUCAGAAUCGUCCGUUCAAGCCCAUGAGGUAAUGGAGUGUGACUCUGAAGUACCGGGUACAAAAAGUGUUGACGUUUCCUGUAAAGAUACGCUUUGGAAAAGACAAUCGCAAGAGAACGAUGAUCGUUCUUCGAAUCAUGAAAGGCUUGCGGAUUUGCCAGAAAAGCAAUCUAGAAAACCUCUGAAAAGGGGUUCAAGUGUGGAGUCUGACAAGGCAGAAGGAGGACGGAGAAAGGGAGAGCUGAGACGCGGCGGUUCGGCUGACAGUGCGCUGCUGCUCCGGAUUCCAGCUGAGGAGGGAAUCGAGGAAGAAAACCGAGAGGACGGGCGGCGAGUACUGAAGAAAGCUGUUUCUAUGGAAUUACCCAGGAGGAGCACCAGUCCAGGAACUGCCAAGAUGAGUCAGGAAGAUUAUGCUCUGAAACUCGAGCUGAUGAGACAAAGACUGCUUCGUGGUGGCUCUGUUGAUAACAAAAUGAGUGGACUUAGAGGACCUCUGUUGGAAACACUAGGAUUGGGAGAUGAAAAACGGUCAUCUCGCACCGCUCGUCUCGGUCCACCUCCACUAACUAGAGCUGCUUCCAGUGAUUUUCCAAGAGAUGACGUGCCCAAACCGAAGAUUUUACGCAAAAGUACUUCUUUCAGUCAAGGAGACUCAGAGCCCAUUCCUUCACAUCGGCGGUCUGGAGCUCCUUUGGAGAUUCCAGUGACUCAAGCAGAGGAGAGAAAGCUCAAAGAAGCCAUUUCUAUGUCAGCUUUAACAGAGCAAAUCAAGCUUGACUCUCGUCCUGUAACGCCCAGAGAGCCUUCACCCAGACCGCCAACUCCAGAGUCUGUAGUGCGCGAAAGUCCAACAAAAACAGAGAGUGAUGAAUAUCUAAUGGAGAAAGAGAUAAAGACGGAUGAAACCAUAAAUGAGAAGAUGGAUGGACUGACCACAGAAAGUAAUUUUGAUGAGAGGUCUAGCACAAGUGGGUUUUCAGAGAGGGACAUGAGUAUUUCUGAGGAACCAAUCAAUGAAUCAGAGUACGUGGGUCCAAGAAUGCCUACGCCACCCUCUGUAGGUCAAAGCGUCGAACCCGUGGAGAAAAUGGACGAAAUGGAGGAAGGAGAAAAGAAGCAAGAAAUUGAAGAAGGGAUUGGAAAAGAUGGAGCAGAAAGGAAUAAAAGUGUUGAUUCAAGUCAUGAAGGAACUACAAAAGCUGCUGUAGAGGAUUUAGAAAACAGAAUGGACAUGCCUGUAAAAACGGCUGAGAUAAGUAUAACCACAAGUUCAGUCUUUGUGAGGCCAACCCAAGAGUAUGUUCACGGUCCGGGACAUAUUGCCUCAACCCAUGUAACGCCUUCAAUUCCUGCACGAGUUGUUCUUCCAGAUGGAAGGAUGUCAGCCUAUGCUAGCAUAAUGCAGACCAUCAUGGUCCCAGCUCUUCCAUCUGCUAAUGAACAAACCUCAGGACCACCUGUUGCUCCAUCCACCACAUUAUCCUCAGUGUCACCUGAGGCAUCUGCACAGGUGAGCGUGUCCUCUCAUCACCCAGUCGUCUUAUCAACCACUGAGCACCCUGCAGUAUACUCCAGAGUGGCGUCACCCGAAGUGCUGCUGAAAGAACCCACUCCACCAAAGACUUCAACGCAGUCGUCAAGCCAACAGGAGAUCUCAGCGGGAGCUGGAUUUCAGGACAUUACAUCUGAGGAAGUUUUUGAGGCCCGCUUCAAGAAACGUGAAUCCUCCCUCUCUAGAAGCCUUAAAUUUCUGUCACGUUCUAAAAACGAUGAUAAGAGUCAACCUGUUCCCCCCGACUCUGUAGAGACUCACGAAGAGAUAUACAGACCUGGCCCAGUUGGUGCACCGUUGGAAUUUGCCCCAAGAAGACUCGAGGAGAAGUCCAAAUCAGUCCAGGAUCUUCGUGAGGCUCAAAAAGACCAAGGUUUCAUGAGAAGGCUCUCAAUGCGCUUAAAAAGAACCCCAUCAACAGAGCGGAAGGACGACCUUUCAAAGGCAGAUGAUUCAGCUGCUUCCAGCCGCAGACUUUCUUGGACUCUUGGCAGAAGAGGGUCUCAGGAAAAGAAGGAAGGUGACAUGAUGCAAACAGAUGACCAGGAUCAAAAGGAACUCAAGAAACCAAGCGAGUCUCCUGUGUUGGCAAUGCGCAGAAAGAUUGAAUCCACAGUGGCUGGGCUCUCUACAAGAAUUCGCAGCUUCUCAGAAGAAAGGAGAACAUCAGAGGAGAAGGAAUCGAAGAGAACGCCCAUUCUAUCUAUGCUUCGACGUUCUACGUCAGAGAGCAGAGCCAUGAAGGUUCCGCUUGUUCCCCAGAACCAGCUGGCAUCUCAGGCCCAAAACGGGGCUUCAUCAGAAUCUCUUGACUCCAUGUCAAGCCUGAAAUCGGAAACUUCAAAGGGUCUGGAAGGUGAGCGCAGAUCCCGCUGGGAUCGAUGGGGCCUGACAAGAUCGAGGCGAGACAAGACAGUUUCCCAGCCUGACAUCCCGACAGCCAUCUACACCGACAGUAGCGCCGCACGCUCACAUCAGUACUCCAGACUUGCUUCAGACUUUCCUCCAGUUUUCCAUAUCAAGCUGAGAGACCAUGUCCUGCUGGAGGGCGAUCCAGUGACACUCAGCUGCCUUCCAGCGGGAAGCCCCCACCCACACAUCAGCUGGCAGAAAGACAAAAAGCCGCUGGAAAUUGAUGCCAGGAUGAACAUGAUCUCCUGCCCUGACGGCCGGCAGCUCCUCAUGAUCAUGCAGACAACCAAAAAAGAUGCAGGGGUUUAUGAAUGUGUUGCUACCAACCCUCUGGCGUCAGUGUCCAGCUCAUGUACAAUCUCUCUUGCUCGUCUCCCCAAUCGGCCCGGGACUCCCGAGAUUCCGCAAAAGUAUAACAACACAGCGUUGGUGUUGUGGAGGCCCUCUGACACAAUGGCACCAUGCACAUAUUCUCUGGAGAGGAAAUCUGAGGGUGAUAACAACUGGCUGAUUGUUGCCACUGGAGUUGCAGAUUGUUAUUACAAUGUGGCUGACCUGCCAGCAGGGGGCUCCUUCAGGUUUAGGGUAGCUUGUGUCAACAAAGCUGGCCAAGGCCCUUACAGUAACCUGUCAGAGGUGGUGCAUUUGGAUUCUUUCGAACCAGCUAGAACUAGCUCAGCUGUGGUGGUGAAGACUGUUCAUGCUGGGACAUCAGCUCCCCCAGUGGUGAUGAUGUCAUCCAUGACCGUCCCCCCCAUGAAGCCCGCUCCACCUAAGUCCACUACAGUAACAAACAUUCAGCCAGUCCCUCCAUCAAUGCCAGCUCCAGCAAUAUCUGUGUCUCAACCCACCUCGCCACUGACCAUCAAACCUGCUGUGCAGGUAGCCGUCAGCCGACCGACCGUGACUCUGUCUGUUAGCACAAUCUCUACCCAGCAAGCUCCUGUCCAGACACCCCCCAAAGCCAAGACCACGAUUAGCAUCAGCGUAAGCAAGCCUCAUCUGAAACCUCCCCCUCUGGUGCCACCCAAACCCCAAAGUCCAAUCCAUGCAUUCCCAUCAGUUACCCACAGCCCCCCUUCCCCUGAACCCUCACCAGUUCCUGCCAUUGGAAAACCCAUUUCGUCUCUCCCAAUGUACGUUCCCACCGGAUCAGCUCAUCUUACUGCGCCGCUUCCAGCUGUCUCCCCAACAACUCCAGCAACAACAGCCCCUGCAGUCACCCCAGUCACCACGCCCCCGCCUGUGGUGGUGGUGCAGAGCCUGACGCCCGUUAUGCUGGGAGGAGACAGCCGCAGCCCCUCUUCGGGACGUGUCACUCCAACAGGACGGGUGACGCCCUCAGGACGUAGAACACCGCUGGGGAAGCCUGGGGAGGGGGCCCUGCGCCAGGGAGUUCCUCAGAAACCGUACACAUUUAUGGAUGAGAAAGCAAGGGGGCGCUUUGGUGUGAUUCGGGAAUGUCGGGAAAACGCCACGGGCAACCUCUUUUUGGCAAAGAUUGUUCCAUAUGAGGCAGACAGCAAGCAGGCGGUGCUUCAGGAAUACGACAUCCUAAAGUCACUUCAUCACGACAGGAUCAUGGCUCUACAUGAGGCGUAUGUUACACCGCGCUACCUGGUGCUCAUCUCUGAAUACUGCAGUGGGAAGGAGCUUCUCUACAGUCUCACAGAAAGGUUCCGUUACUCGGAGGAUGACGUGGUGACCUAUAUUGUGCAGGUUCUGCAGGGUCUGGACUAUCUUCAUACGCGCCGCAUCCUGCACCUGGAUAUCAAACCAGAAAACAUCAUAGUCACCCACAUGAACAUCAUCAAGAUUAUUGACUUUGGAAGCUCUCAGACAUAUAACCCUCUCUUCCUCAAGCAGUUUAACCCUCCCAUUGGAACACUGGAGUACAUGUCUCCGGAGAUGUUAAAAGGAGAUGUUGUGGGACCUCCAGCUGACAUAUGGAGUUUAGGGGUGGUGACUUUUAUCAUGUUGAGCGGCAGGUUGCCUUUCAUGGAAAUCAAUCCUCAGGAGACUGAAGCUAAAAUCCUGGCAGCAAAGCUUGACCUCUCCAAACUCUACCAGAAUGUGUCCCAAAGUGCCUCUCUGUUUUUGAAGAAAAUUCUCUGUAGCUAUCCUUGGGCUCGACCGUCUAUCAAAGACUGCUUCAAUAACUCCUGGCUGCAGGAUGCAUACCUGAUGCGCCUCCGUAGGCAGACCCUUACUUUUACGACAACUCUUCUCAAGGAAUUCCUGGCCGAGCAGCAGCACAAGCGAGAGAAGGAGGCCACUAAGCAUAAGGUCUUACUGCGAUCCUACCAGAGCUCACCGCAAACCCUCACCAGCACCAUCACGCCAACCGUGCCAACAGCGCCCUCCGCUCUAGUCACCCAGUAAAAAUGGGCUUCCAAUUCCCAACAGGCAGGACUUCCUGGGGGCAGCUCUCCUCAAUUGGGCAAGACUGGUGGUCAGAGGGUGUUGUUGGUCUCAUCAGAUCAGAGACGUUGAAAAUGUUCAGGGGAGCUUUACUCAUGAAACGCUGGGAGUCAUCAACCAAGACGACAUGAAUCGUCUUAGUGCGUCAAACAAGAGUCCAAAAAGGCUUUUGGACGUAAGGGAAUGUAAGGGAAUGUCGAUGAUAAGGCUGACCUUAUUUUCUACCGUUGGGACUUCUUUCUGCACUGGAUGAUGCCGUCUUUGGCUUCAUACCUCAAAAUGCGUAACUUUUACAGAAGUUUUUACACAAGUUAGUUUUUUUCUCUGCAAAUAAAAAUACCUCUACAGUGACUGCAGGCAAUUUUAUGAGUACAGUGUAAAAACCUACCAUGCAAAGACUAGAGUGGCUGUUAGAGAUGAUCCAGGUAAAGGGGUGUGAUUAUUUAAUAGGAAGUACAAUCAGUAGAUAAAUAAUUUCAAAAUAAACAGCACAACUUCAUAACAGCACAGUCAAAGGAAAGUUGUUGAACGCCUGUUUAAAACUCAAUCUGUAACCCGGUGAUAAGACGGAUGACCAGAAUUUAACUGCCAUUUUUAAUGAAGAUUCCCAAAUUCAUAGCAACCUAAAGAAGGAAACAUUAUGUUCAUUGAUUAUUUAUGAUUGUGUGUAGCAACUUUAUAGAUCAUUGGUUAAGAUUGUAGCAGCUCCAGAAAGGAAUUUUCAACCAGUAUACUUUAUGGGUCAAGGAUACAUCCCUUGCUUCUCUUCAAGGGCUACUUGAUCAGAGGAGUUGUCCACAGCCGGUUCAGACUUUUGGUCAGAUGCUCGUUCUUAAAACGUACAUGAGAAUGUUUCUUCCAACAGUAAUGUGCACAAGGGCUCCCAGAUUCUUCUGCAGCAAAAUUUCUUUUUUUUUAAAAAAGGUCAAACGGCCAACAAGUUUCCCCUAAAACCAGCCAUUGUCCUGAUCAUUUCUAAGUUUUUUAGCACUAUUUGGGAGACAAUGUCAGGGUUGCAGUCUGCAGGUGGCCCAGUGGUUAGCACUCAUGCCUCACAACGAGAAGAAGGGACCUCUCUGUGCGGAGUUUGUAUGUUCUCCCUGAGCAAGCAUGGCACUCCGGCUUGCUACCACAGUCCAAAGAAAACAUGCUAUGAAAUUUUUAAUGAAUUGACAAGUUUUUAUGUAAAUUCAAGAAGAACAAAGAAAGUUACAAACGUAUUUAAAUUAAUGACAAACAAAACUGGUCAUACCAUCACUGUACUGGUUAAGAAAAAAUAACUAUAAAAAGCAUACUUUCUUAUUUUUUGUGCAAAAAAAUUUCAAAAUAAAUGACCUCAAAUCACCCAUUUUUUUUAGACAUAAGAUAAAACAUAAACUCCCAAAUUAAAUCAACGAGUUGAUUUUUUUUCAAUCAAUUCUGAUCACCUACAAAGGGCUUCAGUGCGUUUGGCGUUUUCCUUUAGAUGACAAGUUCAGUUUUUUGAGAAGCAAGGAAUUUUUCUUUUGUAAAUAUUGCAGUCAUUUUGUUCACAUAAAGCAAAUUUUUGCAUAUUUUAAAGUAAUUCAUCAGAUUGAUCAAAAAAAGUCAUUGGUAAGUCACUGAUGCUUCUUUUUAAGAAUGCAAAUUAUGAACAGUGUUUAUGAAAGAUCUAGUGCCGUUCAGAGAUUGACAGUAAUUCUUUGAAAAUGUUGGACUUGUUGCAUUUGAUUGCUUUUGCUGGACAACACUGCCCUUUUUUGCAGCUCCUCGUCUUCUCGGCUUAGUCUAUUUUCCUAUGCAGAACAAACAUCCUGAUAACUCGCAUAAGAAUAUAAGCAUGGCAGUGCAGAGUUGCAUUAAGUUCCCAACGUCUGUGCAAUAUAUCCACUUCUUAUUUUAUCACCAAUUAAAUCAAAAUAAAUCAAUCAUUGCAGGAUAAAGGGUUUCCUAACGUUUUGUAUUAAACUCCAAAGUUGUUUAGAAUAUGCGCUGAUGUGUGUGUGGCGCUGAAGGUUCUUUGAGAUAACAGUAACGUGACUGCGUUGUGUGUGUAUGCGUUUUUGAAAACUGUUUUAUUUAUGGGGCGACUGUAAAUGUCACAGCUUCUGCUUUUUCGUUUCUGAGACUGGCAUGGAAAUGGCAUGACAGCUGUUAAAGCUAGAAAAAAUUAAAAAAGUGAAAACAUGA